AUGGUGGUCGUUGAGCUCGGCCUAACGGCCGCGGCGGCAUCCAGUCGAUUGGUCCCCUCUAUCCCGCUGCGUUCUACCCGCCUCAUUUCCUCGCCAACGGUCCUGUCUCGAGCUUCGGUGCGUCCCUGUCGGCGAAUGAGGCCGGUGCAGCCAAGAUGGUAUUCAGAUUCAACGACCGAGUCGCCCGCUUCCUCCGCCAGCACGAAAUCGACACCUUCAACGCAAUCGAGCGCAACCAGUCCUAGUCUACCAAAGAAGAAGGAGUCUGCCGGGGGUAGAUUCAACCUCUACGGCGAUGAUUGGGAGGACUCCGUCGACUUUGCAAUCAAGUCCUUCGAGGAUCUUCCCCACCGGUUAUUCGGUGUCAACCAGCACAUGAUCAUCAAUUACGAACUCAAAGAAGCAUUACGGAUAAUGCUACGGCAAUUCAACGCCCCCAUUGUGUACUGUUUUGCGUAUGGGUCUGGCGUCUUCUCCCAAGAAGACAUCAGCCGCAGCAUUACCGAGGCAGAGUUUCGAGCCGUCCACCCAAAGCCACCGGAGGCAUUAGUCAAGGCACAGAAGGGGUCGCCAAAGAUGGUUGACUUCAUCUUUGGCGUCAGCCAUACCCAGCACUGGCACUCAAUAAAUAUCCGACAACACCGCGGCCACUACUCGGGAAUUGCCUCCCUCGGGUCCGGUCUGGUGUCGAGAGUUCAAAACUGGGGCGCAGGCGUAUACUUUAACCCAUAUGUUGAAGUAAACGGUAUGUUGAUCAAGUACGGCGUUACCAGCAUAGACAAUCUGGUCAAGGACCUGUCAACUUGGGACAACCUGUACCUCGCAGGCCGGCUGCAAAAGCCGGUCAAGAUCCUCCGCGACCACCCCCAGGUCCGGCUCGCCAACCAGCACAACUUGAUAGCUGCGGUCCGCACCGCCCUGCUUAUUCUUCCUCCCCAGUUCACUGAAACCGACCUCUAUAGCACCAUUGCUGGUCUGAGCUACAUGGGCGACCCACGCAUGGCCUUGCCCACCGAGAACAAGAGCAAGGUCGCCAACAUCGUCAACAAUAACGUCGUACACUUCCGGCGGCUCUACGCGCCACUCAUCAAAACUCUUCCCAACGUAGACUUCACAGCUGCCUGCCGCCUAGAUGACGAGGACUGGGUGCUAGACCCCACGGCGGACAGCGUACUCCAGCAAGACAUGGACCCCGUCAAGCGAGGGAACAUGGUCCGCCGGCUGCCCAAGAACUUCCGAGCAAGGCUGUACUUCCAGUAUCAGAAGAAGUUCUCCAUUCCUCGCGAUGAGUACAUUCAGAUGAUGGCCGCGACGGCCGAUGAUGAAAGCACAUCCAUCAAGCGCCGACGCGGUGGCGAGUUCGAAAAGCGCAUUGUAUCCGACGACCCCCAGGAGCUCCGCCAAAUCGUAAGUCGAGUGAUCAAACAAACCGUCAACUGGCCCAGCACCACACAAUCCAUGAAGGGCGUCAUCAUGGGUGGGUGGUCCAAGACAUGGCGUUAUUUGGGAGAGAAGUUUUCCAAAUGGAGAAAGGGAAAGGCCCAACAAAAGGAAUCCGUAAAGCGAGCGGGCGGGCGCGACAACGAAAAAGAUGGAAAAGGAGGGUAG